AUGUUCGGCACAGAAGUUGCUACCACCCCUGUACAAACACCAUCGUCAGAUAACUUUUACCCACAAGAAACAGGUAUGGAAAAAGCGGUUCAGUCAAAGACUGUUGAAGAACCUGAAAAGCCAUUGUCGCCACCCAACCCUUCCCCAUCACCUGAAAAGCAUGAAGUCGAACCCGAAGCAUCAGAGGCAGCCCCUCUUCCAUCUACACAAACUUCCAUGGAGCCUGCUCCAAAACCACCUUCAGAACCAGACAUGAAUAACUUACCAGCUACCCCAAUUCCUAAGCAUCAAGCGAAGUUUGCCUUAAACUCAAUCAAAACCAUCAAGCGCCUUCGUGAUGCUGCGCCAUUCACUGUUCCUGUUGACACUGUCAAGUUGAACAUUCCCCUCUACUACAACUAUAUAAAGCGACCCAUGGAUUUGUCCACCAUCGAGAGGAAGAUCAACUUGAAUGCAUAUGCCGAUGUGUCUGAAAUUGUUGAUGAUUUCACCCUUAUGGUAGACAACUGUUGCAGAUUCAAUGGCCGAAGACUCCCGCUAUAUCACAAAUGGCUAAGAAUAUCAAGGGCCAUUUCGAAAAGCAUAUGCUAA